CAUCUAUAAAAGGUAUUUUAAAUAUGAGAAGUAAAAUGGAACGACAUCACACAUCUAUCAAUCAAAUAAUCAACAUGGCCGUCUGCUAUGAAAGGAGUUGUUCGCGGUUAACGUUCGCGAAAUUUUAGUUUACAUAAUAUUAUUUUAUUGAGUAAACGUUGUCUUACUAUAUAAUGUAAGCCAAUGAACUUACUAAAGAAAUAUCCGUAUUCUGAAGAUGCCAGUUAACCCCGUAUCUGAAACUAAAAGAGGAAUAGACAAAACCAGAUUUUCAUUAUCGCUCAAUAGAAAUAAUGCUGCAUGUGUAAGUAACGUCAAUAAAAAACCUGGUGAAUCAAAAGAGAACAGUGAACCGUUUAUACCCUCAAUAAACAAUAAUAAAGAAAACAAGCCAUUGAAACGGUCUCUGAAAAGCACUUAUUUCAAUACUUUAAGUGUCGCGAAAAGGUUAAAACCUCUUACAGAGACUUCAAAGCCCACAGAAAAAUUACCCGAACCAGAACUAAUAAUUGUCAAGACAAAUCCUGCCAGCAUUGCCAUGUUGAAUGGCCAUCACCAGUCAGACAAUCAGUAUGGAGCUGCACAGAAAAAGAUUCCAAUUGCCACUCUCUCCAACUUGGGAAAUACCUGCUUCCUCAACAGUGUUCUCUAUACUUUACGAUAUGCACCUCGUUUCCUUCAUAACCUCCAUCACCUUGUAUCAGAUCUUGCCAGUGUCGAACAAAAGCUAGGCAGUAUUCGUAUGAAGAGUUCCUCUUUAGGCCGUAGUGCAGCAGGUCUAGCAUCAUCUGGGGCAAGAUCGUGGAGUAGCAAAGAUCUUUUAUCUCUUGGACAAUCAGACAACAGCUCUGGGAAGAGUAAAAUACAGAUAGCAACAGAGAAAUUGCACGAAACUUAUUUCAACUUGCGUGCGGCAGAAAGUAAGUGCAUAAACAGCAAUAAUUCUGACGCCAGUCCGGAGCCUUACGCCGCAGAUGCCUUUCUUGCUGCGCUUAGGGAUGUUAAUUCUACAUUUGAAGGUAAUAGACAACAAGACGCACACGAGCUUCUAGUAUGUUUGCUGGAUAACAUCAGAGAAACGUGCCGAGCGCUCAGCGCACGCGCAUCACGACUACAAUUGCAUGAAAAUGGUGAAAGCAAUGGUAUAGGCCGGCAGCCGAGUCUAGACGGCGACUCUAAGCCGACGCUAGGCAACUUGCGGAAGUCUUGGAAGAAACGCAAGGAAGUUCUAGCCAAUGAGAAGAAAAACUCCACCACAGAAGAGAAGAACCCUCCACCCGCAGACCCCGAAAAGGAUGAGAAGGCUAGACCUGGCUGGGACUUUGUGGCCGAAGAUUUUGAAGGCACGAUGGUAGUCCGCACGAUGUGCCUGGAGUGCGAGACUGUGACGGAGCGAGCUCAAGCGGUGUGCGAACUGUGCGUGCCCGUGGGGGGAGACGAGCCCGCCGACGAGCCCUUCCGCGCCGCAUGCCUCUCCAGCGAGUACUUGCGCGACCAGAACAAGUACUGGUGCGAACGUUGUCUCCGCUACAACGAAGCUCGUCGCAGCGUAGGCUACUCUCGUCUACCACGCUUGCUAGUUCUGCAAUUGAAGAGAUUCAGCGGAGGCAUGGAGAAGAUCACCAGGCACGCGCCUACACCUCUGCUGAUGCCAUGCUUCUGCGAGCCAUGUGCCAAGCGAGCCCAGGAACAACCCGCCCACAGGUACGUACUAUGGGGCGUGAUAAUGCACCUCGGUCAGACGCUAACCGGUGGACACUAUGUUGCGUACGCCCGCGACUGUUCAGGCGCGUCGAGAUGCUCGCGGGGCGGCGGUGACGCCACGACUGCGGGUCCGAGCUUCAUGCGCGCGCUAUUUAACCGCCGCCCUCCCCCUGCUUGCGCCGCGCGCGACUGCUGCCUUCCUCGUCGCGCCGACCAAUCCUGGCUGGCCUGCGACGACGAGCUAGUGAAACCAAUCACAGACGAGGAGUUCGAAGACCUCCUCUCAGCGGAACCGAAAGUCCGAACCGCUGCCACCCCUUACCUCCUAUUCUACGUGAAGAGCGAAGUCGGCUAGUGACAGUGUUGUGCGAUGACUCCAUUCGCGUUACUAACUCGAACUUUUCGAAGUGAUGUGAUGGUGUGCCAUGUUGAUAUCGGGUGUUGCCUUGCCUCUGGUGAUUUCGUAUUCUUCCUCUGUGGUUCUUUUAGAGACUAAUGUUUACAAGUGGCAUGCUAGGUUAUUUACAGUGAUGCAGCAUUUUACUUUGAGCCUAUGUCGUUCUAUCUAAUUUCAUCUGUCUAAUGUAUAGCGUACUUACUACUGUCCUGUCCACAAAUAUAAUGAUGUCACAGUAGCUUAGGUCCCUUUGUAGCAAUUUUGCUAAGGGGCCGUUCAUAAAAUACGUCACGCUAAAAUCAGCUUUUUCCGACCCCCUCCCCCCCUAUUGUCACGCUGUGUCACACUUUCUGUGACCCCUCUUGAAAUAUUCCGUCACCAAAACAGAGACCCCCCCCCCCCCCC